AUGGAUGAAGUGAGUAGUGAGUGGAGCAGCGAGCAGAAUAAAUUGUUUGAAUAUGCAUUGGCCAAUUAUCCUGACGAUGUUGUGGAUCGAUGGGAGAAGAUUGCGGCCGGUGUGCCUGGGAAAACUUUGGAACAAAUUAAACAUCACUAUGAGGUUUUGGUAGAUGAUAUUCACAACAUUGAAUCUGGUUUUGUGCCUCUACCAGAUUAUGAUUCUUUUUCAAACUCAACAAAGUGUACUAUUGUUAAAAAGGGAACUAAGGCUUCCGGUUCUUAUCAUUGGACAGAAGAUGAACACAGGUUAUUUCUUAUGGGUGUGGAGAAGUAUGGAAAGGGUAAAUGGAAAAAAAUCUCAGAGAAUUAUGUGGUGACAAAAACACAUACACAAAUAGCAAGUCAUGCUCAAAAAUACUUCAAAGGUCUGAAUUCAACGAAAGAGAAGAAAGAAAGAAGGCGAUCCAGCAGACAUGAUGUCACAUAUGUCGAAAAUGGAGACAUUUCAGCACCUCAUGGAGCAAUUACCGGUCAAGCAAGUGAUUAUGCAAGACAAUCAGCCACACAAACUCCUCAAGCUCCAUCUGCUGGUACCAGAACUUUAAAUGAUCCACCAGUUCCACCUGCCGGAAUGUAUGUUGUGACCCCGCCUUCUGGAGUCGGAGUUUAUGCUGCUCAUAGGAUCGGGCAACCUAUAGGAGGACGGAAUUGCACUCCCGGACAGAUGGCUUAUGGUAUUGGACCAGUUUCUUGGACAAGUAUGCCAGGGGUACCAAUGAACUUGGGUCCUAUGACAUUUCCCAUGCAAAAUACAUAUGCUCACUUAUGA